AUGCUUUUCUCUUCUUCUUCAUAUUCUUUUCAUUUUUUUUUCUUUCUAUUCUCCUUUCUUUUUCCUCCCCUUCCUGUUUCUGUCUCAUCCUUUUAUUUUCCUUUCCUAUUCUCGACAAUUUUUCUCUUCUUCAUAUUCUCAUUUCAUUCUUUUUCUUCCUUUCUAUUCUCGCUCAUUCAUUCAUUUUCCUCCCCUUCCUAUUUCCCUCCAUCCUUUUAUUUUUCCUGCUUCCUAUUCUCUCAUUUCUUUUUCUUCUUCUUCUUCAUAUUCUCAUUUCAUUCUUUUUUCUUCCUUUCUAUUCUCGCUCAUUUCUCUUCUUCUUCUCAUUUCCUUUUUCUUCCUAUUUCUGUCUUCAUUUUCCUUUUUUUUUUUUCUUUUCCUGCUUCAUAUUCUCGACAAUGCUUUUCUCUUCUUCUUCAUAUUCUCAUUUCAUUCUUUUUUUUCCUUUCUUUCUCAUUCAUUCAUUUUUCCCCUUCUAUUUCCUGUCUCAUCCUUUUUUUUCCUGCUUCCUAUUUCGACAAUACUUUUUCUCUUCUUCUUUCUCAUUUCAUUCUUUUUUUUCUUCCUUUUCUAUUCUCGCUCAUUCAUUUUUCCUCCUUCUAUUUCUGUCUCAUCCUUUUAUUUUUCCUAUUCCUAUUCUCGAUAAUUUUCCUCUUCUUCUUUCUCAUUUCAUUCUUUUUUUCUUCCUUUCUAUUCUCGCUCAUUCAUUUCUCCUCCCCUUCCUAUUUCUGUCUCAUUCUUUUAUUUUCCUGCUUCCUAUUCUCGACAAUGCUUUCCUCUUCUUCUUCAUAUUCUCAUUUCAUUCUUUUUUUCUUCCUUUCUAUUCUCGCUCAUUCAUUUCUCCCCCCCUUCCUAUUUCUGUCUCAUUCUUUUAUUUUCCUGCUUCCUUUCCCAUAUUCUCUUCUUCACAAUUCUUUUCUUUUCUUCUUCAUUCAUAUUCUCAUUUCAUUCUUUUUUUCUUCCUUUCUAUUCUCGCUCAUUCAUUUCUCCCCCCCUUCCUAUUUCUGUCUCAUUCUUUUAUUUUCCUGCUUCCUAUUCUCGACAAUGCUUUUCUCUUCUUCAUAUUCUCAUUUCAUUCUUUUUUUCUUCCUUUCUAUUCUCGCUCAUUCAUUUUUCCUCCCCUUCCUAUUUCUGUCUCAUUCUUUUAUUUUUCCUGCUUCCUAUUCUCGACAAUGCUUUCUCUUCUUCUUCCUAUUCUCAUUUCAUUCUUUUUUUUUUCUUCCUUUCUAUUCUCGCUCAUUCAUUUCUCCUCCUUCCCUAUUUCUGUCUCAUUCUUUUAUUUUCCUCUUCCUAUUCUCGACAAUGCUUUCCUCUUCUUCUUCAUAUUCUCAUUUCAUUCUUUUUCUUCCUUUUCUAUUCUCACUCAUUCAUUCUCCCCUUCCCUAUUUCUGUCUCAUUCUUUUAUUUUUCUGCUUCCUAUUCUCGACAAUGCUUUUCUCUUCUUCUUCUUUUUUCUUCCUUUCUGUCUCGCUCAUAUUCUCAUUUCUAUUUCUGUCUUUCUUUUAUUUUCCUUUCUAUUCUCGACAAUCCUUUCUUUUCCCCUCAUUUCCCCUUCCUUCAUUUCUGUCCCCUCCUAUCCCUUUUAUUUUCCUGCUUCCUAUUCUCGACAAUGCUUUCUUUCUUCUUCAUAUUCUCAUUUCAUUCUUUUUUUCUUCCUUUUUCUAUUCUCGCUCAUUCAUUUUUCCUCCCCUUCCUAUUUCUGUCUCAUUCUUUUUUUUUUCUGCUUCCCUAUUCUCGACAAUGCUUUUCUCUUCUUCUUCAUAUUCUCAUUUCAUUCUUUUUUCCUUUCUAUUCUCGCUCAUUUCCGCCCUUUUUUCUCCUUCCUUUUAUUUUCUGUCUCAUCCUCUUCUUCUUCAUUUUCUCAUUUUUAUUCUUUUUCUUCCUUUCUAUUCUCUCUCACAAUUCACUUUUCUCUUGUCUCUUCUUUUAUUUUCUCAUUUCAUUCUUUUUUUCUUCCUUUCUAUUCUUCUUUCAUUCUCAUUUUCCCUCCCCUUCCUAUUUCUAUCUCAUUCUUUUAUUUUCCUGUUUCCUAUUCUCGACAAUGCUUUCCUCUUCUUCUUCUAUUCUCAUUUCAUUCUUUUUUCUUCCUUUCUAUUCUCGCUCAUUCAUUUUCCCCCCCCUUCUAUUUCUGUCUCAUUCUUUUAUUUUUCCCUGCUUCCUAUUCUCAACAAUGCUUUCCUCUUCUUCUUCAUAUUCUCAUUUCAUUCUUUUUUUUCUUCCUUUUAUUCUCGCUCAUUCAUUUCUCCUCCCUCCUAUUUCUGUCUCAUUCUUUUAUUUUUCCUGCUUCCUAUUCUCGACAAUGCUUUCUCUUCUUCUUCAUAUUCUCAUUUCAUUCUUUUUCUUCCUUUCUAUUCUCGCUCAUUCAUUUUCCUCCCCUUCCUGUUUCUGUCUCAUCCUUUUUUUUUCCUACUUCCUAUUCUCGACAAUGCUUUUCUCUCUUCUUCAUGUUCUCAUUUCAUUCUUUUUCUUCCUUUCAAUUCUCGCUCAUUCAUUUUUCCUCCCCUUCCUAUUUCUGUCUCAUCCUUUUUUUUUCCUCUUCCUAUUCUCGAUAAUGCUUUUCUCUUCUUCAUAUUCUCAUUUCAUUCUUUUUCUUCCUUUCUAUUCUCGCUCAUUCAUUUUUCCUCCUUUCCUAUUUCUGUCUCAUCCUUUUUUUUUUCUAUUCUCGACAAUGCUUUUCUCUUCUUACUCAAUUCUUUUUCUCUUCUUCUUCCUCCCCUUUCUAUAUUCUCCUUUUAUUUUCAUUCUUUUUUUUCUUCUUCUUUCUCAUUUCUUCUUUUUCUCAUUCAUUUUUUUUCCUCCUUUUAUUUCUGUCUCAUUUUUUUUUUUCCUUCCCUUUCUCGUAUUCUCUUCUUCCAAUUUCAUUCUUUUUUCUUCCCUCUUUCUCAUCAUAUUCUCCUUUCCUAUUUCUUUCAUUUUUAUUUUCCUUCCUUUCUAUUCUCUUCUUCUUCAUAUUCUCAUUCAUUUUUUUUCCCUUUUCUCAUAUUCAUUUCUGUCUCAUCCCUUUUAUUUUCCUACUUCCCUAUUCUCGACAAUGCUUUUUUCUCUUCUUCAUAUUCUCAUUUCAUUCUUUUUUUCUUCCUUUCUAUUCUCGCUCAUUCAUUUUUCCUCCUUCCUAUUUCUGUCUCAUCCUUUUUAUUUUCCUACUUCCUAUUCUCGACAAUGCUUUUCUUCUUCAUAUUCUCAUUUCAUUCUUUUUUCUUCCUUUCUAUUCUCGCUCAUUCAUUUUCCUCCUUCCUAUUUCUGUCUCAUCCUUUUAUUUUUCCUACUUCCUAUUCUCGACAAUGCUUUUCUCUUCUUCUUCAUAUUCUCAUUUCAUUCUUUUUUCUUCCUUUUUAA